AAGAAGAAAUGUUUCAAUCAAUUCGCGAAAUGCCAAAACCAGAAAAAGCAAAUGCGUUAAUGCUUUUUAAUUCAAUGCGAAAUCAAAAAGGCAAACAUGCAAAUAAAAUAAUUUCACCCUACCUUCAAAAGAAAGCUCUUGACUUCAUUAUGAAUUCCAAAAACCAAAUUAAAAAGUUAAAGGCUGAAAAUAUCAAGUUAAA